AUGAAAUGUGGCACUUCAGGACAUAAUUCAGCUACAUGUGGAAAAAGGAAAAGGACCUCAAUGACUGUAGGUGUUAACAACUCCCUCAACCAACAAGCAAGCUCCUUGAACCCAACAGUUUUCAUACAAGAGAUCCUCAAUCAACAAUCCCAGACUCGGUUUAUGCUAACUCCACAGCCACAUGUGCCAGGCCCAUCAAUGUAUGAUCAACUAAUGGGUACCAACAUGCCACAACUAUCAAGAGCUACACAUGGACCUAUUAUCCGAGGGCCUGCAGCUUUCACUGGAGAAAGACCAUUAUUCUCUGCAGGAAGUAGCAUAACAUCAGUCUCUGCAGCUUCAGUAGUGGUGGUUGACCAGGGCAAGAAAUUAAUGGUACUCAACCGGCAAGACAAGGCAAAAAAAUGA